AUGAUUCGACAUCGCAGUAGCAACCAUGGCGCGCGUGACAUCGUCCAGGUAGGGAGGAACAAAUCGUGUUUCAACUGUGAGUCUGAUAGCAGGCAUCGCCGACAAGGAAAAGGGAUUUAUCCUCGUUCAUCACACUGUUUUCAUCGCUCAUUCUCGUCUUUUCGCCAUGGCAAUCGAUCUCGUUCAGCAUCUGUAACAGAAAGGCAGCACCUGAAGCUUCGUGAAGGCAGAGGAAGGUCGGUGAGAAGGAAUCAGUCGCAGCAGGGAGAGAGAAGGAGGACGGCGAGCUUGAAGAAUAGGAGGGGAAGGAGUAAUGGCCGAAUUAGUGUGCAUAGUCAGGAUAAUCAAGCUGUGUCUGAUGUGGGUAGGAAUAAGGUGCUGAGCAAACCUAGUGAUGGUGGAAAAUUGGAUUCUGAACUUAAACGGUAUGUAUCGUUUUAUUUUACGAAUUUUCCGCCAUUACUGUCGAAUUUUUUCCUUAGAAAAGGUUUUGAGGUGUGUGGGAUGUUGGAGGAUGUUUUUGUUUCUAAAAAGACUAAUAGAUAUGGCGAGCCCUAUGGUUUUGUUAGAUUUUCUAAUGUAAAAGACAUAUCUAAAAUGACAAAGGCCUUGAAUGCUGUUUGGUUCGGACAUUACCGUGUUCGGGCUAGUGUUGCUCUUUUUCAUCGUCACAACACGGGGGGUGAUAAGAAACCUGCGGUAGAAACGGUUAGUCGGCAAAAGGAAGUGGAUGGGACCUUAGAGAAGGUUAGACCCAAUGGUGUUACAAAGCAUGUUCCACAAGCAGGUGGUGGCGCAAGUACCUCAAAGCCGGGGUUGAAAAAGCAGAGUGGUGAAGCCAAUGGCGCUGUGAAGGAGGGAUCUGGGCCUUCGGAUGGUGUGUGUGUGGGGGACAUUGUUAUCAAACUUGGGAUGGGCCAGCAGCGGGAAGUUAGGAAAAAAGCUCAGAAGUAUGGGGAGGACGUGAAGCCCAAGGAGGCGGAGAUGCCUAACGAUGCUGUGCAGGAGAAAAUACGCAGAACCUUUAUACGCAACUAUCGGACAGAGCCAGAAGAUGCGAAGUGGGCUCAAUAUGGGUUGGUGGCGACAGUCAUAAACGGUGAGGUGUCUACUGUGGUGGAUAAUAGAAUUUCUGAUGCAGGCUUCAGCAAUUUGGUCAUUAGUCCUAUUGGGGUGGAUAAGGUUUUUGUUCGAAGCUCCGAAGGGGUAGAUGUUUUGCCUAUUGUGAAGGGUGCUAAGGAGAUUUUUAGCCUUAUUUUCUCGAAUUGGAUGAGGUGGGGUGAGGACGUGCUACCCUAUCGGAGAGGAGCGUGGGUUCGUUUGUAUGGUAUUCCGCUAAAUGCUUGGAAUGUUAAGUUUUUUAAGCUCUGUGUGCUUGAUUGUGGUAGUUUUUUACGGGCGGAUAGUUUCUCCGUGGAUAGGGGCAGAUUGGACUUCGCCCGGGUCCUAAUUGCCACGUCGGAUUUAGACAUAAUCAAAAUAGUUGAGACUGUCAUGGUGGAUGGCUUAACGGUGGAUAUCAAUAUAGUGGAAGAAUGGGGGUAUGCUAUGGGGGAGGACACCUGUCUCUUUGUGGAUGAUAGUGAGUCGGAGGCAUCACACUUUGAUUUCGAAGAGGGGCACAUUGAUCUUGAAGAACGACGCAAUGUUGACGCAGUGAUUGAGAGUAUUGCGGAGGGACUGGAAAGAGAUGUUUGUGAAGGUUUCCAAGGUCAGAAUGAUGCGGAGAUGAUGGCCAUGCCAAAAUAUAACCUUAAUGGUGAGGGGGAAGUAGGGAGGAAGUCUGUGCAGGCAACGGAAACCAGUAGCCCAGCUAGUGGUUGUGUGGAAUCUUCAUUUUGCUCUCCAAAGGAGACUACUGACUUUAGAAGAAGUGGUACUCCUCUUUUGUCCGAUGCUCAGGAACGACUCGUUAAUCGAAAUGCUAAAGUGGAAUCUAGGGGUUGUGACAGGACUGUGCUUCGCGGAAAGCGCACAAAUUCUUGUCCUCCUGUUUACGUUGGAAUUUGGUAA